UUCCUUUCUCCAGCGGCCACUUUGCAUCGACUGACAGACUUUUUCUCCGGCGAAUUCUCUUCGGCAGACUCCCUCUGGCAACCUGAAAAAAUGUACCAGUGAAUUAAAAAGUGUACCAAUCCAUUAGUCUACUAGUAAUUAAUAUAUCAGUACUAGUGGUACGCUACCAGUGCGUUAAAAAAUGUAUCAGUGCUAGUGGUACGCUACUAGUACAACGCUACCAUUACCAUAUUGUAUCGUACCACUAGCACUGGUAGCGUUUCACUAGCAUUGGUAGCGGUAUCAGUAGAGAAUAACACAAAAAACAGAUGGUAGUGGUACCAGAUGAUAGUGGUACGCUACCACUACGAGCUACCUGAUGGUAGUGGUACGUACCACUAUCACUGGUAAGCUACCAGAAGAAAAACUGAAUCGCUAAAUGUCGCCCUUAAAAUUACUAACGGUCGCCCUAACUCUAAUGAUAAAUGACUUAUGUACCCCUAAUAAAAUUUUAAAUUUAAACAAACCAAACAAUCCCCAACCCCUCAAAGUGAACCCCUCAUCUACCUUCUUCGCGAAUCCCUCUCGACGCACCAGUUCGUCGGCGUCUUUCCCGCCGUCGUCGUCGCCCAUUCUCUAACGAAAUUUCCAAAAAAACGCUCAACCUAAGGCAAGUUACGGUUGGUCCAUGGUGCAACCGCAAAUGAGCUACGGUUCCCUUUUUUGUUUUUUUCAAUUUUUUGAGUGAACUUUACUGAUUCAGAGUCGCUAGUCAUGAUCCAGACAUCAUAUCGACGAUUCCAACUCCAGAAUGACGAUGAUGGAUUCUCUCUUUUGAAUAAUGUUUUAUUUUCUUUACUAAGUGGUGUUUGUUUGGUAAAGGAAGAGUAAAGAAGCUAAAAGGUCAAAUUUGUAACUUUGAUGUUUUUUAGGGCGACAUUUAGCAAUUUUAAGGGCGACCUUUAGCAACUCCCAAAAAAAAUGGUACCACUAAAAAACCAGAUCUAGAAAAGGGGAGUCAGUGAUGGGAGAGAGAGAGGUAGGGGAAGAGGGUGACCUCGCGACGGCGGCAGUGGUGGGAGACGAAGGGCAGCGAGAGGGCUCCGGCGGCGAGAGGAUGAUUGCGUCGCGGUGGUCGGAGGGGACGUUGCGACGUCAUGGGGUGGAGGGAAACUGAGGAUUGCGGAGACGACGACAGUAGAGGGCUGGUGCGAUGGAGGACGCACAGCGGUGGAGGGUUGCGGCGGUGGAAGACUGUUGCGGUGGAGGAUGGCUACGUGAGAGAGGGAGGAAGGGAGGGAGGAGUUAGGGUUUUGUUUUUAAUUUAUAUGGGAGAGUAAAUGAUUAUGUGUGGUAAAUCUUUUCCAUUCCAAAACUACCUUUGAUUUAAUCUUAACCAUCAAUUUAAAAAAAAAAAAAAAAGAGCAUCCAAUAGUGAGGAGGUGGAUUGUCAAUCUAACAACCCUAGGAAUUGUCACCUAUAUCAUCCCUCAAAAAUCAAAAUAAAUUGAUUAUAACACAUAUAACCAUACCACUUAUCAAACAUAACCAUUUCACAACUUUGAAUGCUAUGCAUUCUAAGUUCUAACCAAUAACUUUCUUCUAUCAGUCCAAACUAAAAAUCCCUUUUCUUCUAAAAAUUUUGAGCGGAACGAACAAAGGAGAUGAAGAGUGGCAUUAACGAAAAGUGAUCUCCUUGCUAAUACACCAACACCACCAAUCUUCUUACUCUGCAGCCAUCUUCUUCUUCUUCUUCAACUUGCGCUCUCAGACCUUCGCCAAUCUCCCGAAGAUGAUCGGCGGGUUCUCUGCUACGGCAACCCUCUUCGUCGCUUUCUUCCUUAUUUCCUCCGUCCACGCCUUUUACCUCCCCGGUGUCGCCCCGCGUGACUUCCAGCGGGGCAACCUCCUUAAUGUGAAAGUGAACAAGUUGUCAUCUACAAAAACACAACUCCCAUAUGACUACUACUUUUUGAAGUACUGUAAGCCUCCAAAGAUUGAGAAUAGUGCCGAAAACUUGGGGGAGGUCCUUAGAGGGGACCGCAUUGAAAAUUCAAUGUACAGUUUUGAAAUGAUGGUAGAUCAAUCCUGCAAAAUAGCUUGUCGGGCAACACUGGAUGCUGAAGCGGCAAAGAAUUUUAAGGAAAAGAUCGAUGAUGAGUAUCGGGUUAACAUGAUACUGGAUAAUCUUCCUGUUGCUGUCCUAAGACAGAGGAGGGAUGGUGGUCAGUCAACUACUUACGAACAUGGUUUCCGAGUUGGGUUCAAAGGAAAUUAUGCAGGGAGUAAAGAGGAGAAAUAUUUCAUCAAUAAUCACUUGGUGUUUAGAGUUAUGUAUCACAAGGAUCCUGAAUCUGAAUCCGCCCGAAUUGUUGGGUUCGAAGUUACUCCAAACAGCAUCAAUCAUGAAUACAAGGAAUGGAAUGAGCAGAACACUCAGUUGACUACCUGCAACAAGGAUACCAAAAAGCUAAUUCAAGGUAGCAUUGUCCCUCAAGAAGUUGAUACCAGCAAAGAGGUGGUGUUCACGUACGAUGUGAUCUUCCAGGAAAGUGAUGUCAAGUGGGCUUCACGAUGGGACACUUACCUCCUGAUGAAUGACGAUCAAAUACACUGGUUCUCUAUCAUCAACUCGUUGAUGAUUGUCCUCUUCCUUUCUGGUAUGGUAGCCAUGAUCAUGAUGAGAACUCUGUACAGAGACAUUGCAAACUACAACCAGUUGGAAACACAGGAUGAGGCCCAGGAGGAAACGGGGUGGAAGCUCGUCCAUGGGGAUGUAUUCAGGGCACCGGUGAAUGCUGGUUUACUCUGUGUUUAUCUCGGUACAGGUGUCCAGAUCUUUGGUAUGACUUUGGUCACUAUGAUAUUCGCAUUACUUGGCUUUCUCUCUCCCUCCAAUCGAGGUGGCCUUAUGACUGCAAUGGUACUCUUGUGGGUCUUCAUGGGGAUAUUCGCUGGAUAUUCCUCGGCACGUCUCUACAAAAUGUUCAAGGGCACAGAGUGGAAGAGAAACACCCUGAAAACAGCAUUCAUGUUCCCGGGUAUUCUCUUUGCAGUAUUCUUUGUCCUGAAUGCUCUCAUUUGGGGAGAGAAGUCUUCAGGUGCAGUCCCUUUCGGAACCAUGUUUGCUCUGGUUUGCUUAUGGUUUGGUAUCUCUGUCCCACUUGUUUUCGUCGGUAGUUACUUGGGUUACAAGAAACCAGCUGUCGAAGAUCCUGUCAAAACGAACAAGAUCCCGAGGCAGGUCCCAGAGCAAGCAUGGUACAUGAAGCCUGUCUUCUCCAUCCUCAUUGGCGGCAUUCUCCCAUUUGGUGCUGUCUUCAUCGAGCUCUUCUUCAUCUUGACCUCGAUCUGGCUGAACCAGUUCUACUACAUCUUUGGCUUCCUCUUCAUAGUGUUUGUCAUCCUGUUGAUCACCUGUGCUGAGAUAACGAUGGUGUUGUGCUACUUCCAACUGUGUAGUGAGGACUACCACUGGUGGUGGAGGUCCUAUCUCACUGCUGGUUCUUCUGCUGUUUACCUUUUCCUAUACUCCAUCUUCUACUUCUUCACCAAGUUGGAGAUCUCAAAGUUCGUCUCAGGGGUCCUCUACUUCGGGUAUAUGGUGAUUAUUUCGUAUGCGUUCUUCGUCUUGACUGGAACUAUAGGGUUCUAUGCCUGCUUCUGGUUUGUUAGGAAGAUAUACUCGUCUGUGAAAAUCGACUGAUGGAAGAAGAAUGCACAUUAUGUUCCAAGUUCAAAGCCAUGCAGCUGAGCUUAUCUUAGUCCAGUUUUGUGUUUUGCUGAGGCUUGAUGCUUGCUUGCACCAGAAGAAAGCUGGCGACCUUUACACGGGUGUUUUGAUCCUUCGAUGUUCCUGCUGCUGCCGAUAGAUUUAGCGGCCUUGGCUUUCUGUUCUUUCCUUCUACUUAUUAACUUCCAUAUGACAGACUCUUAAUUCCAUGGAUGAAGAUUUGACAGGGUAAUGUAGACCACACGUUGCACUUUGGUGUACCAUUAGAAUGCAAAAGCACAGACAGUUGUAGUUUUUUCUUUUCGUUUUUGUAAUAGCAAAACUUGGUUUUCUAUGGAUUUGAGCCAGUAUCCUAUUUUUGAGUGUUGUAAAACCCAGUUUCUUAUUUCUAACUUGCCAACUCGAUGGCCUGGAAAUUGCUUAUUAAUUUGAAUAUUUGAUUAUUGGCAGCAUAGUCGUGACAUCACAGGAUAGUAAUUUCCGAUUAUUGUCAAUGUAUAAAUAGCGUGUGCCGAU